CCAACUCAAAAUGACCUUCACUCUCAACUGGGGAAUCCUCGGCUGCGGCGGCAUCGCCGAAACCUUCACCAAAGACCUCCUCCUUGACCCAAAAUCCCACCGCAACGUCGACGUGAUCCACAAAGUCGUCGCAACCGGCUCCUCCUCCUCCGUCGACAAAGCCAAGAAGUUUGCCGAGACCACGGGAGCAAAGGACGCGAAACACUACGGAUCUUAUGAGGAAUUGGUCAAGGAUGAGAAUGUGGAUGUGAUCUAUGUCGCCACGCCGCAUUCGCAUCAUUACGCCAAUGCCAUGCUGGCGUUGGAGGCUGGGAAGAAUGUCUUGUGUGAGAAGGCGUUUACAGUUAAUGCCGGACAAGCCCGCAAACUCGUCGAGACUGCUCGCGCAAAGAACUUGUUCUUGAUGGAGGCUCAAUGGACCCGUUACUUCCCCCUCAGCAUCGAGCUCCGCCGCAUGAUCUCCUCCGGCGAACUCGGCGAUAUCAAGCAAAUUUUCUCUGAUAAUGGGAAGAGCAUCGAACACAUCGAUCGGAUCACGAACCCGAACCUCGCGGGCGGGGCGUUAUUGGAUUUGGGAGUAUACUCGUUCUUGCAUAUCUUCCAGACGGUGUAUCAUCUUGACCCCGAACAUACAAAGCCAGAGGUUAAGGCGGCGAUUCUGAAGGAUGAGAAGACCGGCGUUGACAAGUUUACCACGGCGAUCCUGGCGUGGCCCGGAACGACGGCCAUUGCAACUUGCAACUACUCCUUGGAGAGCGACCCCAAGUCCGACUACUCCGCCGGUCCAUGCGUCCGCAUCGUCGGCACAAAAGCCCAAGUCUGCAUCCCCUCCCCUCCCUACCGCCCCACAUCCUUCACCGUCAUUCCCAACGGUGAUGGCGAGGUCCAGAAGAACGACUUCCCUAUUGAGGGUGGGAACGGUAUGUGGUGGGAGGCCGAUGAGGUCGCGUUCUGUAUUAGGGACGGAAAGAAGGAGAGUGAGAUUAUGCCGUUGGAUGAAAGUGUGGUGAUUAUGGAGACGUAUGAUGAGAUUAGGAAGCAGGGUGAUUUUAGGUACCCGGAGGCGCUCGAGACGUUGGAUGUGAAGCCCAUGGGACAUUAACUUCAAGGUGGAAGGCGAAUAUACCGUUAUCUCAUCGUUCAGGGAUCAGAUCGAAUAGUUAUAUAGCGCAUUAUUAUACCAACCGACAACGCCUUUGGGUGACUCCUAUUCCUCAACCAAACCAGUGACAAUCGUUAUCGUACAGCAAUCUUCUCACUGCCCUCAAGCCUAGAAGUCUCCUCCACCCAUAUCAUCACCUCCACCGAAGUCACCACCGUCACCUCCUCCAUAAUCGCCAUGAUCAUCAUCGAAAGCCUCAUUCAUCAUAGCACCAGCCGCCAAACCACCGAGCGCACCGAGGGCAAGUCCACCGCCCAUACCCAUUCCACCCAUGCCACCCGUCUUGCGUCCGUAACCCUGUUGUACGUAUUGUGGUUGG